ACGUCGAAACAGAACAAAUGAGCGUGAGCUGUUAUAGAUAAUGGACCACUAUCUUUGACUCUGUAAGAAACACGCACACACACUUGUUUGAGUUGUUGUUUAGUUGGAGUGAGUGACAGACGGAUGUGGUAAAGCUCAUUGUUAAGUUUGAGAUUGACGGUGCAUAUGAUGAUAACCACUUCAUUCGUAGAUCUAAGAGAACAGCUGAGUGCUUGACAUUUUUAAGUUAGUCAAUUCAAAUGGAGCAGUGGGCUACAGUCUUGUUAUUUUUAAAAACUGUGCUUCUAAUUAUUCCGGCCCACUCAAGAAGAAUAUCACUGAAUAAAUUAAAUGUGACUGUCGGCGAUGUAACAACUACAACAAUAACAUUGUUCUGGGAUUAUCUAGAAGAAAUCGAUCUGAAUGAUGACAUAUAUAUGUAUGUGACGUACAACAAACAGACGAUUCUUCCACAUAAUGACAACAACGAUUGUUCACUGAUUAUAAAGAUGUGUGUAUUAAGAAAUUUACAUCCUGGAACAACAUAUGAUGUCCAACUACAAAUAGGAGCUAGAGGUGGAAAUGACUCUUUACAAAGCUUUAAGGUCGCCACUUUAACUUUGCACGAAAAAGCCCCGCCAGAACUUAGUUGGUGGUUGAUUUAUGUGAUGACACCGCCACUAGCUGUCAUCGUUUUGGUCUUAGUAAUAAUUUUAUUGUGUAGGAUCUGCCGGUGCUGUUGUUGGGGACAACACAGUAUUAAUGAAUCUAACGGAACAAGAAGUGUGGAAAGUCGAACUACUAACGAAUGGAUUCAGAAUACAGUGAAAACAAUGCCAUCAGCUACACCUGCGGGAUACGAUCAGCCCAGAACUCAUUGCAGCAACCAAUCUGAGGACAAUUCUCUUCUAUUGAAAACUACACCAAUCUUGCCAAUCAAAUCCAGACAAGCACUCAAGAACACUGGAAGCUUCCGCUGCGGUAAACAAGCUCCACUGUCAUCGCCACCCUCCGUGCCUGACCUCUACGUCAACGCGAGCUCUGGACAGCAACCUGCGCCCUCUGAGCUGUAUGCUAACUCUUCUCCCGUGGACCUACACACUCCUCACGGAGAGGUCAGAAGAGGUGUCCAGAAUUCAUCUGAGUUUGUGACUUAUUCUAAUACAGAUGAUCUCAAUCAAAUGUUGGGUAACGCCAGAAAAAUGUUUCCAUUAUUGUAGUAUUUUUUUUCAAUUCCUACCAUUAACUCUUUCUCUCCGUAAUUAUUUUUCUCAUUCCGAUAGGGUUAUUCGUUUCGCUCAUUUGUAUUUCACUCUCCUGUUAGGUUUCAAUAACUUUUUUUGUUUGCUAUCAGAAAUAUUUUUCUCAUUCCGAUAGGGUUAUUCGUUUCGCUCAUUUGUAUUUCACUCUCCUGUUAGGUUUCAAUAACUUUUUUUGUUUGCUAUCAGAAAAUGAUAUAUUUGGUAAUGGUAUUGCAAUUAUAGGAGAAUGCAUGCUCUUUUUACACACCACAAAUUAAAGCGUAUAAAUCCAAAAACAAAUUUAGUUUAACGGGAGUCAAAUCAACGUUAGCAUUGACAAUUAGGAGAGAAAGAAGUAGCUUUACUUUCGUCAGAGUAAAAAAUGUGGAUCAUUUAGUCUUACAACAUUGGUAUUAUUCUAUCGAGCUGAAACUUCUCACAAAAUAUCGACACAACGCAUGUAUCUAACAUUUUAGAAAUAUCACUUCAUUCAUUAUUGAAUUAUUUUUUUUAGUGUUUUAUCUAUGGGAGUCACGGAAAUUAACAAUUAUAGGCCUAUUAUAUUGUUCUUAUUACUGAGUCUCAGAAGUAUCCCUUUUGAUACGUUAGGACACUAUGACUAUUUUGAACAUAAAGUAGAAAUCGAAUUAAAGAUAUUUACCUAUUUAGCCUAGCUUAUAGAAGUCGUCAUCUAUUUCUGUAAUCGAAUUAACUUGUUACAGGUAUGAUAUCUAUAACAUUAAUGAAUAUAACAUUUCCUACACCUUGUGUGUAUAUAUCAUGUAAAAAUGUUCCCUAAACUUCAACAUGCAAUAGAGUUUAUUGUUGAACAUAAAAAUUAUUUAUGUGUCAGACGCGAAUAGCCCAAUUUUCAGUAAAAGAAAUUACAAAAGUCAUUUCUCUAUAGAAGAAGUUACGAAGGCUAUAUAAAAUACAACCACAGACCUAUAUAUACUACAAUAAAUAUAGGUUUUUGAUUGCUAGUUACGAUUUAUUUAGGUAGGUGCUGUUUUACUGUUACAUACCAAGUAUUAGAGUUUAGAAAAACCCAGGUUUGUUUCUUGUGCAACACUAUUAGCUAACACCUCAUAUCAUCUAUCCAUUAGUAUAUUUAGAUCUAUAAUCAUUCUAGUCUAGAUCUAUAUAUAAAAAUCGAAUAGAUCUAGUAAUAGUAUAGAUUCUAUCUUGAGACUAGAUUGCCGAGUCUAGCCUAUGCUAUGCAUAUAGUCAGUUUUUAUUAGAAAAAAUUCUAGAUAUUAAUAAAGACUAAAGUUUUUUAAUUAUUAGAUUAUUAGAUAUAGACAUAAGACAUAGAUCUAAUAAUACUGUAAUACGUUUACUAUACUCUAUACUUAAUCUACUAAACUAGAGAUCUAUCUAUAGAUCUAUCUAUAAUCUAGUCAAUCUAGAUGUAUACAAUAUUCAUUAUAAUAGUGCUAUUAGAGCAUGGAAUGGGUUGCCUGAGCAAGCCAGGAAAACCAGUGACUUGGCAGAAUUUAAGUCAUUGGUUAAUAUGCAUGACUAAAUGCAUGACGCGUAGGACGUAAUCAUCUUCUUUUUUGAAGUAACGUCUGUAUUAUAUAAGAUAAGAUAAGAUAAUACUUCUACUUAUAAUGACUUAUUUAAUAAGUUAGUACUUAGACUUAGAUCUAUUAUAGUUUAUUAAUAGAUUUACUUUUCAAUGCCUAGACCUAAUAAUAAAAUUGCAAAUAAUGUCUAUAAUGACUGAUUUUUUUUUUAUAAUAAUAGGCCUACUAAAUCUAGGUCUAGACUCUACUUAAAUCUAGUCUAAAAUAAUGACUGUCUAAGACUCUAGAUGAUUGAGAAGUUCACAUAUAGGUGUUGUUAAUAAUACGGCAUGUCGGCUGAAAGUAUAAAGUGCUUUUUUUUGUAAAAAUAAAAAAGAGGCUCCGGUACUCAGUGAUAGAUUGCCUAACUUUCAACUAAUAAUAAAUUAACAAUUAACGUUGAAUUACAAGAAAAGUAAUCAUUUUCCCCGACAUUGAAAAAAGGUGCCGGUACCCCGUACCGGUGCAUACCGUCACAAAAAUAUAUGUAUAUCUCAAUCUUCUUUCCUUUAAUUUUUUUUGCGGGGUUAUUGCUACUUAAUACCGGAUCGAUUUAAAUAGGACAUAAGUAUACAAAGUACAAAGUUUUAUGGAAGAGGCAAUAUAAUAGUUGUUUGAAGUUUGUAACUUCUUAAAUUCAGGCUAAAAAUAUCGAAGCCUACAUUUUUACACUCAUUUCUAAACAAUUAGAAGAGAUGGACUGACUCAUAGUGUAGCUUGUGUACAUCUGCAAAAACACAAACUCAGACUUUCAAAACUAUUAAAAGAAAAACUUAGUGAUUAUUUUUACUGUAUAAUUCUAUAAUUAUUCCUUUUUAGAAUUAGGAUAUAAACAAAAAUUUGCCAUAUGACUUUAUCUAACUGAAAAAAAAUUAAACUUACGUCUAUUUAUGCGGUUAUUUAUAGUUACCUAGUAAUAUAAAAUAUAUUGAACUAACACGUACAUUCAUUAUAAUGCAGCCAUGCGAUUUUUCGUUUAUAAACAUAGCAUUAUUUAGGACCAAUAUUUUACAAAGGCUGCUUAGAGAAAUCAGGUAUACCCAUUAGGAGAAAAACGACCCCUUUACUCAAGAAAAAUUUAAGAAACUAGAACUGACACAAAAUAAACAGUGACAUUCAUAACAAAAUAAUAUUCAAAAUCGAUUAGAGUAACACCUUUUUAAGUAAUCAUUUAAAGUUUAAAAUCACUACAAUUUUUUUCAACAAUUAUUUUGUGUAUGAAAUUGUGUAUCGGAAAAUGCCGGGUAUAUGAAAUAAGCUAGUCCUAAAAAAACAACACAGAUCUUGGGUAAAAUACUCAUCAAAUAAAGUACUGUAAAUGUGUAGUUUCACGCGCUAGUUUCAGGUCUUUUCUUUUUAUAGCCUCUAUCGGGUUAUAUCCCAACUACCCGUAUUUUGUGCAGAAUUUUUUUCUCUAUCAGGUACACUUAAAAUUAAAGCAUAAUAAUGUCACUAUAAUUUAAAAAGAGAACUGAAAAAUACAAAGAUAUAUAGGGAAAAAAGCAACUUCCGGCCCAAUACUUUUUAAUCAAAGAAACGAAACGGACUAGUCCAACAAACCCUAUUCGUUGAUACUAUUUUUGUUAGAUAUAAUGAAUUGUAUUCUGAACUUUUGAAUCAUCAGCUCAUUUUUUUAUUCUGUUAAUAUGCUACACCAAUUGCUAGACUGUAUAUUGAUAGUAGUCUUGAUAGAAAUAAUUUCAAAAUUAUAAAAAUGUUUUUUAUAUCAUUUCAGA